AAUUGCGUUUGUUGACAAUUUUGUUUGGCCCAUCCGGGACACACAGGUGGAAGCGGAAAUCCAGAUAGAAAAGGACCAGAUUUUUCAGGCGUUUUUCCAAACAUUCCCAGUCCGUGUAGCAUAUUCCUAGCUUACAUAAGCUAGCCGUAUACUGUAGGAAAUUUAGUUAAAAGCUUGUAGAAAAAAUGGCAGCAUCCAAGGUUACCUUUAAGAUUACGCUCACGUCCGAUCCGAAGCUCCCGUUCAAGGUCUUAAGCGUACCGGAAACGACACCCUUCACAGCGGUUCUUAAAUUUGCCGCCGAAGAAUUCAAAGUGCCACCGGCAACGAGCGCCAUCAUCACGGACGAUGGUAUCGGUAUCAACCCGCAGCAAACGGCCGGUACCGUGUUUCUGAAGCACGGGUCCGAGCUACGGUUAAUUCCCCGCGAUCGUGUCGGAUGCUGCUGAGAGUGGUUUUCACGCCUCGUUAGAGAUCAAGUUGCCCCGGGAUGCUUGGAAGUGGAAGUUUCGCUUCGGGUUACUUUCGGUUCUCGCUGCUAACGUUAUGUGAUACACUCCAACGCCCGAUGCGUCCGCUUGGUGUGAAAGCAUUUUUAUUAAUCGUUGUUCUGCGUUUUGUGUUUUGCUGUGUCGAUUGAAAUAAAUAUUUUCCCCCCUUCUUCAUAACGUAA